AGCUAUAAAAAUCAUAAAGAAAUCAAUCAACAUCAAAAGGAACAAUCAUAGAAACAACUGUCUCCCAAAACUCCCACCAAUAGCUACAGCAGCUUUACAAAGAAUCUCAAACGAUCCCCCAAGUAUCAAAGAUUUCAAAAAGCUCUUAAAAAUCCUAAUCAAGGAAAAACUAUCUAA